CCCGGUGCCGUGUUGUUUCUGUGAUCCGGCCCCGGCCCGACCUGUCACGCAAAUUGCAGAGAAAGACGAGAGGGAGCCGGAGAGAGAAGGAGGGGAGUCUGAUGUCAGAAUGAGUCGGCAACGUAGGAGCGAAGCGAUGGAAAGCACAGAUGUAUGUUGACCUCUGCAGGUGGGUGGACAGAUCCCCUGUGAGUUAGUGUUUGGAUGAAGGAAGAAGAAACGGCGGAGAAACAUGAGUUGGCAGCAGCAGCAGCAGGAGUCCCAGGGAGUGGUUUUAACGGGUUACCACAGCAACGCGGAACCGCUGCCGAAAAGUGGACUGUACGCUCCCAGCUGCGCGUCAGUCCCGGACAACCAGGCCACCUUACCCAGCCACAGAACAGGCAACGACACCGUUCAACAGAGUGAAAACACACAACAUGGAGACAGAUAUGGGCCUGCCACUUUCACCAGUAGUACUAAAAUCAGCACCGACCUGUCGCCACUCCACCAUCCAAGCUCCGCUGCUUGCCCCAGGUCUCAGCUCUCUUCCAGCCCUAAGCCUGGCUCCAGCCCUAGGCACAGUCCAAAUUCCAGACCCAAACCCCGACCCAGGUGUCAGCGCUACAACUCUCAGGACUCUCUGGAUGAGAUGCAGAUGGACGACUAUUGGAAGGAGGUGGAGAAUAUCACGCGCUCUGGAGGAGGAGCAGGAAGGGGAGAAGGUGGAGGAGAAGGGGAAGUUCAAGAGGAUGAGCAGCAAAAAAUUCCUGAAGAAGGAGAGCAGGAGGAGGCAUGGCUUGCAGAGGCAGGGCUGGCACGGCUGUUUGAUGAUUCACUGUCAGCUGACCAGGAGCAGGUGGAAGAAGACAGUGCGGUGUUCCUGUCCACGCUGACUAGAACUCAGGCGGCGGCUGUGCAGCGUCGUUUGACAUCACUACAACAGACGCUACGGCGACGCAACCGGCAACACGUUCCUGAUGUUAGGGAUAUAUUCAGGCCUCCUGAAAAGAAUGAGGAGCCGAGUAAACCCCCUAGCAAAGGAGGAAGUGAAAACGGACAAAAAGAUGUCACUUCAGCCGCAGAAAUAGACACAGAAAUGAAUGUUGAAAUAGCGUUUUCGGAGCAGGCGCUCACUUACAGGGACAACCAUCAAAGCUUCUCCACAAGCUCCGGCUCACCCGAUGACAAACUACCAAACUUCAAGUUGCUCCGAGAUAAAACAGGUCAGACCAGAAUAGGAGAUCUGUCUCCUCUGGAUAUGAAAAAGGUGCAUAGACUGGUGCUUGUGGAGAUGACUGCUCUGUUUGACACUGCUGGGAUUGACCUGAAGGCGCACAAACCUAUCAGAGUUAAGACUAAAGAAAGCGGUCUGUUCGGCGUUCCCCUUGCCACUUUAUUGGACCAGGACCAGAAGCGGGCUUCUGGGACCAAAGUGCCUUUCAUACUGCAAAGGCUUAUCAGUCAUAUUGAAGAGGAAGGGUUAGACACGGAGGGGCUGCUACGGAUCCCUGGAGUGGCCGCUAGAGUCAAGUUACUGUCCCAGGAGCUUGAGUCCUCUUUCUAUGACGGGACGUUUCCAUGGCAACACUUAAAACAGCACGAUGCUGCUAGCCUUCUGAAGCAGUUCAUCAGGGAGUUACCCCAUCCAUUACUGACCGUGGAGUACCUCAGUGCAUUUAUUGCUGUCAAUAAGCUCCCCACAAAGAAACAACAGCUGCAGGCUUUGCACCUGCUGGUCCUUUUAUUACCUGAGGCCAACCGGGAUACUUUGAAGGCAUUGGUAGAGUUUUUCCAGCGUGUGAUUGACCAUCAGGUGAAAAAUAAAAUGACUCUCAACAAUGUCUGUGUUGUCAUGGCACCCAACAUCUUCAUGUUCAAAGGCUUCCGGUCCAAGGUUACAGAACAGCAGGAGUUUUCCAUGGCAACCAGCACAACCAACAUCGUUCGGCUGCUAAUUAGAUACCAGAAUCUCCUAUGGACAAUCCCCAAGUUCAUUGUGACCCAGGUCAGGCAGCAAAACAUGGAAAGUCAGCGUAAACAAAAUAAAGAGCGAGCUGUAAGAAAGCUACUGAAGAAGAUCACCAUCGACAAACCCCCUGAUAAAGCUAUCUUUGAGGAGAAUUCAAAGGGAUUUAUUCGAGUUCAAGCACCCCAGUUCAGUAAAGUUUCUAUGGUGGUUCAGCUCACUGAACACUUGCAAGCUGCUGAUGUACUAACACGCUUCCUCAGCCAAGACAGUUCAGUGGCAGUAAAGCGAGAAGAUCUGUGUCUCUAUGAGAUCGGUGGCAACAUCAAGGAGAGAUGUCUAGAUGGGGAAACGUAUAUGAAAGACCUCUUCCAGUUGAACCCUAAUGCAGAGUGGGUCAUCAAAGCUGCACAGAGAUAAAUUCCUUCCUCCCAUCAUUCCCCACUGGCUGCUGGACUGGAUGCACCACAGUUUCCCACUUGGAAGAUGCAUCACCUGGUUCUCUGUGCUUUUUGCUGAUUCGGAAUACACCUGGACCUUUCAUUUUUAGUUUUUAACAUAGGUGGUGUAACAUGGUUUUACACAUUUGGUUGGGCCUGAACAUGGCAAUAUUCCAAUGGCGGUUUUAGAACUUAUGAAAAUUUGUGCAAAUGUGAUUCUUUUCAAGUUUUUUGCAUAAUCAGAAUUGCCAGAAAAGAAAAAAGGAAAAUUCCACGGUGUAUUCAAAAACAGCCUGGGAUUACAAACCACCCUGCCUCACGCUACUUACUGGCAUUUUGCACUUCAGGUACACUAAAUCUGAAGUACAGUACAGCUGUUUAGGUAAAAGAAAACCUUUCAUUUCUGUAGUUAGUCGGUCUCAGCAUUUGAGCCACAGUAUUGUGAUUUUAAUAUUCUGUGACAUUGUAAGUAUUGCAGUUAUAAACUGUGAUUUAUAACCACUAAUCAAUUUGUUUUACCUGUGGUAAUAAACUGAGAUAAUACAGUUUGGGGCAAUAUCAAAAUUUUAAUAAGUCAUGAAUCAUAAACAUCAAUUUUUCUUGGAAAAUUUUUUGAAUAUUGGCUUUUAUUUAUCUGUAGUUUUUAUUAAACACCCUAUGUUCGCAAUAUUGAAUGUCAUUGUAUAGAAGCACUUCACUAUAACGAGGUAAUGAGUGGGAGGGGUGAUGAAGUUCUAGUUGUACAUGAGGGAUGGGCCCUGUUAUGUAUCACACCUCAAGAUGGACUUAGCAGCACAUAUUGAUUAAAAUUUGUCCACUUUUGUGUUUUCAUCAAAGUGCCGCCACUGAUAGCUAACCAUGCUACACUAUGAUAACAUCACUGUUUUUAACUGUGGAUGUUUGAGUGUGUCAAGCUGUCAGACCAUCGUCAAAACUGCAAGACACCAGUGUACAAAUACACAAUUCCAGUUUUUUUUUUACUUACAUAAAGUAUAUAUAUUUGUCUGUGUGCAAGUUCAAAUGGAAAAAAAAUCAAGUCAGUUGCAUUACAAGUGUAUCAGGCAGACUUGCAUGAUCAUUUUGAACAAAUAAAUUGCUGGCUUAUAAAUGACCUAAUGAAAUGAUUCACUCUCAUGUGAUGGGUUCCUAAAGUAUUGGGACAGUAACACCUUUGGCUUUUGUUGUUUUAAUUUUUGGCUCUGUACUCUUUACAGUCUGGAUAUCAGUUGAUAUAGUACAUUGGCAAAAGUUGUAAUUAGCCAGGAAUAAAACAUCUCCAUUUUAUCAUUUAACACGUGGUAUGUGAGCUUCUCUUGGCUUUCAACAAAAGUCUUCUCUGACUACUACUCUGUGUGGCUUCCCAUUGUUUAAACAGGAUCAUAUUUGCCACCUCUGGGUCAAACACCACAGAUGUUUUCUCUUGUGGAAAGCUGCAGUGUGAAUAGGUCAAAACGUUUUGAACUGAGUCUGUCUAGCACUAUUGUACCUUGUUUACUUGAAUGUUGUUUUCCAAAUAAUGGUUUCUUUGUCUUACUGCAUUUGAAAUGACCACUCAAACAGCCUGUAAAUAAACGUUCAGAUAUUAA